AUGCAGACCGACACAUUCGACCAAAGUAGGACGGUGGUCGUGUCCGGUGUGCCCGACGUCUUAUCCUCCAGCAGAAUGAUAGACAAAUUGACAAUUCACUUCCAGAGGCGAAAACGGAGCGACGGAGGGGACGUCGAGGCGGUUCAGUACCCGACCAACAUGCACGGAGUGGCCUUCGUCACAUUUGACGAACCUGAAGGUAAACAAACAAGGAGCUAGUAGCUGUAAGCUACUGUUAAAACAAAGUACUAGAGUUUGUCUUGUUUUAUAGCCAGAUUUGACCAGGUUGAUAGUGAAUUCGACAAAAAUAAGCUUGUAUGUAUAGUCUCAAAGGUCAACUUCCUCACCCAGUAGUUUAUAUGUCUUGUAAACCUUAACAGCUAAGCUCUUGUCUUUGCAAAAUAGCCUUUCUAAUUUUCCAUUCUGUCUAAAUUUAGACCCUCAGCCUAACAGGGGUGUCUCCAGGCUUUUUGGAAAGAGGUGCCCCGCCCAAUUUGAGUGCUAGUUUACUGUGUAGAAGUAGCAAGAUGACAAGCAUUCAACCUCCCUGUUUUCAGUACCCGCCUUUACUAGUAUGAAUUAUGCAUCACACAGCAGUAAUAUUAAAUUUAUAAUCUUAAAUUCAUAAUUUAGGCACUUACAAAGAGGGGUGGACUCUGCAUUCCAAAGAAAAUCAAGAGCAACCAUUAAACAAAUUAAGAAUAGACAAUGCGACGUUACAUGAAGCCAAAAUACAGUUUCCCUAGAUGCUUUUGUAAUGCACCAGUGCAGCUCAAGGCAUGCAAGAAAAAUUUGAGGCUCAAACUGACAGCUUAUCUUAUCACAAGGCUUGAAGGGAUAUUCUGUAAAAUUACUUUAGGGUCAAACACACUGUAACACAAAGUUAGACACCCCGUCGAGAGAUGAAUGUUGCUGACUGCUUGCUUCUCUAGUUAUACCAACUUUAGUAACGGCCGCAGGAUAGCAAUACAGAGAGCCACGCGCUCAACCAAGAAGUCACUCUAUAGCCACAAAUAAUGCUCAGAACAGCACCUAACUUCAUCAACAGUACAUUUAGGGUCCCAGCCAUAGCACUAGCCACCAAACAUCUUUUUAGCUUUGCCUAAUUUCUUUAGCAGAGAGACUAAACACAACUCACCUACUCUCUUCCAGCAGCCGCUUUUUUGUAGAGAGACCUCUGGGUGAGUCCAUCAACUGCAGCGGAGUGACGCAGCUCAAGGAAGAACAUUUAUGAUCAUUACUCUAUUAUUUCCUUGAAGUAAUAAUCACCAUAUUAAUCAUUUUGCACUGCAGACACUGUAGUUCUUCUGCCUUAGCGUUUCGGUCUGAUUGCAUUUCCAUAAAGAAAUGAUCAUAAAUGUUCUUCCUUGAGCUGUGUCACCCCGCUGCAGUCAAUGGACUCACCUGGAAAUCUCCGUACAAACAAGCAGCUGCUGGAAGAGAGUGGUUGAGUACAGUUUAGUCUCUUUGCUAAAGAAAUUUAGGCAAAGUUAAAAAGAUGUUUGGUGGCUAGUACUAUGACUGGGACCCUAUAUGUACUGUUGAUGAAGUUAGGUGCUGUUCUGAGCAUUAUUUGUGGCUAUAGAGUGGCCUUUUGGUUGAGCGUGUGGCUCUCUGUAUUGCUAUCUGCGGUCGUUACUAAAGUUACUAAACAUUCAUCUCUCGGCGGGGGUGUCUAACUCUGUGUUAUGGUGUGUUUGACCCCAAAUCAAUUUUACGCUGGAAUAUCCCUUUAAAAUCUUUUGGUUAUAAUCAUGGAUUGUAUUGCGAAAAGAUUAUCUUUGAUCAUUAUUACUUAAUCUGUUGUCCAGGAAGUGCACAUGUCUGCAACUAAAGUCAUAAAUCAAGAAAUGGAAUUUUUACAAACUUAAAUUCAGCAACAGAUGGAGUAUUUCCUUCCCAGAUGGUCUGAAGAGUCCUUCUGGAAAUACAUCAAAAAGAAUUAAAUGUUGUUGAAGGAGCCAUUUGGGUUUUUUAAAGAUCUCAGGGAAUCUCUUUAGAGUAUUUGAAGCUGCUCAGCCUGACUUAAAAGUGAGGUUUGAAGACCUUAUCAGACAUAAAAACACAUGAAAGCCUCAACUGUACUCUGUGUAUAUCUGUGGGCUUUAUUCAACAUAUCUCCUUUGUGCAAUAAUUGGUUCCUAUGGGAAUAAAUUAUAUUUUCUAUGAUGGUAACGUAUAUUAAGUGAACUAUAAUCAAACAUUUAUUUCUGCUAAGCACUGCCUGGAUGGAUGAAUGCAUGCCGAGCUGAUGAUGAUUAAAUUUGUCAACACUAGAUUGGUUUGAAAUGAGUGGUGCCCGGCGCUGUGCGCUGUCAGUGACAGGAAAAUAACAAGCGUCAUUACAGCGGUGAGAAAAACAGUGUGGUGCUCUUUGCAGAUGCGGAGAGAGUGGUGCGUAAGGAGGAACACAUCAUGAUCGAUGACGAGUUUCCUGCGGACUACCUUCUCACUGUGUUUCCCUUCACCACAGAUGUAAGUUUGAACAUCACAAAAUAUUGACCAUCAGAUAUAAAACCUGUUUUUGUUCAUCUUCUCUUCAUGAUUUGGGCGUUAAGAGUUGAUCGAAAGUCUUUUUUGUCUAUUUAUUGCAGGUGUUUUUGUACGUUCCCAAAGCUACGGUUGAUCUCUCUGUGUUUGGAAGCGAUCAAGCGUCCCUUAUCCAGAGUCUACAAUCAGCUCAUAGAUCGCUACGUUUCCGGCCUUUACUUCACAAGAGAAAAGCCACAAUCGAGGGUCCUUUCGCUGCUGUCCAAGCCCUGAGAAAUGACCUCAUCCGCAGGGCCAGCCAGCUUAAAUCCACUGACUCAGCCCGAACCGCUCCUGACAAAAUAAGAGAAACUCCUCUUAAUCCGAGGGUAAUAUCUCACCCAGAGUUUGUCGACUCUGUAAGCCGCAGCCGCUCAAAAGCUAAGCUGGAACCAGCGAACAGCUUAUCAACAGGGCUGCAGACCACAGGUGAGGCAACUGAAGUCGAAAGCUCGCUCUUAAAUGCUGAAACUCUGAAUGCCUCCUGGAGUCCGGAAGUUCAGGAGAGGGGCUGUGCUGAAGGGGGCUUUGGCGACACAGACAGUGAUGAAGUAGAUCAAGAGCAAAACGGGGUGGAAAUUUCGUCAGAGUUUAGAAACAAGCAAAGGUUGAAGGAGGGGAGGAAGAGUCCGUCUCUGUCGGGUAUGUUCCUGCAGAAAGAGGCAGCUAAAUUAAAACAAAAACACACCGCAGACACAGACUGGACUUCAGCGAGAAAGACCCAAAAAGAGACCCACCUGGACUACAAAUUAAGUAACACCCGGUCUCCAGAGGAAUCAGAUCAGAGAGUCUCACCUCACCUGUCCCACAACAUGCUUAGAGACGUUUCAAAACCACCUGAAAGAAACACAGAAGAGCAUCUGGAAGAAAACUGCACCUGGGUCGACUUGAACAUGUUUCUAUACAUGAAAAAAUUUGCAAAGGACGAGUUUGAUAAAUGCUUAAGAGGACUUGAAGCGUCUUUCGAGACUGUUGAAGGAUCGGACCUUGUGAAGGUAAUCCUGACUGAGAAGCAGACCUCUGAGGAGACCUCAGGGAUCCAGCGGGGCUUGGAUGACCUUCAGUUUUUGGUACAAGCUUGGACGUUGACUUUAAGAGUCCAUGAGAUCGACUUAAAGGACGAGGGAGACCUUAACAAACAGGAGGUCAUGCAGAUCUGUGAUGAUGUGAAUUUCCUGUUUGGUGACGUUUUGUAUACGUUUGAGGGCUCUCGUAUUAAAGCUGUCGGUCCGUCAGCGGCCAGUUAUCUAUUUACAAGAUUCGUUCAGAGGAGAAUUGCUGAACUCGAAGACAAAUCCUUAGGAAAGUGA